GUUUUUUUUGGCACCUUCCGAAUUAUCACAAGUCCCGCAGAAAAGGCGUUCUUUCUCUCCCUUUCGCUCGCUCGCUCGCAGAAACCACUCACCCAUCAAUCAUCAAAAGCACAGAAGAAAACGCCAUGAACCAUCUCGCAACCACUUCUCUUGCCUUCUUCUCCUUCCCCUUGUAAACCCUCGAAAUCGAAAUCAAAAUCAAAAUCGUCCCCCCGAUUCCGCCCGCAGCAGCAACUCACCACAAAGGUUUAAACCAGUCUUUCUCUCUUCCUUCCUUCCUUCCUUCCUUCCUUCCUUCAGAUCCGCUGCAUUUUCGGCCUUGGAUUUCACGAUCCUCUCUCUCCCCUCCCACAAGAAGAAAACCCUUUAUCUCUCUUGGAGCUCCAUCAACGCUCUCGCUUUCUCUGCUUCGACUGAACCUAAGGCUUGCAGUUUAUUCCCCUCUUUCUCCUUUGUAUUUUUUUUUUUCCUGCUCCCUUCCGGUCCUUUCUGUGCUGCUCCCUUCUGCAGAGCUGGGUUUAAUUCCUCAAGUCGGUUUUGUAGCCUCUGUCUGGUUGUAGUCCUUUUCUCGAGAAAACCCUAGGCUAGUUUCUGCAUCUUUCUUCUUAGUUUCUUUCCCCCUUUUGUUUAGCUUGCUUGUACAAAAUCUGGGGGUUUUGAAUCAUCUCGGUUAGCUUUAACUUUAGGGAGUUGGUUUAGUUAGCGAUGAACAACAAUCGAGCAAGGUAUCCUCCUGGUCUUGGGGUUGGGAGAGGCGGAGGAAUGAAUGCGAACCCUAAUUUUCAGUCAAGGGUUCCGCAUCAGCAGUACGUGCAGAGGGGUUUGAUGCAGAACCAUCAGCAGUUUCAAAAUCCCCAGCAGCAACAUCAACAGCAGCAACAGCAACAGCAGCAACAGCAUCACCAACAGCAGCAGUGGCUGAGGAGGAAUCAGCUACCUGCUGGGGAUUCCAGUGUCGAUGAGGUGGAGAAGACAGUUCAAUCUGAGGCCGUUGACUCCGGUUCGCAAGAUUGGAAGGCAAGGCUAAAGAUACCUGCAGCAGAUACACGUUACAGGACAGAGGAUGUCACUGCUACUAAAGGGAACGAGUUCGAGGACUAUUUUCUGAAGCGUGAACUUUUGAUGGGAAUAUAUGAGAAAGGGUUUGAAAGACCAUCUCCAAUUCAAGAAGAGAGUAUACCUAUUGCACUUACUGGCAGUGAUAUCCUGGCUAGAGCUAAAAAUGGAACCGGGAAAACAGCUGCAUUUUGCAUCCCAGCUCUGGAAAAAAUUGACCAGGAUAACAAUGUUAUUCAAGUUGUUAUCUUGGUGCCAACUCGUGAGUUAGCUCUUCAGACUUCUCAAGUUUGUAAAGAGCUUGGAAAACAUUUGAAAAUUCAAGUAAUGGUUACUACUGGUGGUACAAGUUUGAAGGAUGACAUCAUGCGUCUGUAUCAACCUGUCCAUCUGCUUGUUGGGACUCCUGGAAGAAUUCUAGAUCUUGCAAAAAAGGGUGUCUGCAUUUUGAAAGACUGCUCAAUGCUUGUUAUGGAUGAGGCUGAUAAACUAUUGUCUCCGGAGUUUCAACCUUCCAUUGAGCAGUUGAUUCGUUUUCUUCCUGGAAGCCGGCAGAUUUUAAUGUUCUCUGCUACAUUUCCUGUUACUGUAAAGGACUUCAAAGGUCGUUAUCUUCACAAGCCUUAUGUCAUCAACCUUAUGGACGAGUUAACGCUUAAGGGUAUUACCCAGUUCUAUGCUUUUGUUGAGGAACGGCAGAAAGUCCACUGUCUGAAUACUCUCUUUUCUAAGCUGCAAAUAAACCAGUCUAUCAUCUUCUGCAACUCAGUAAAUCGUGUAGAACUGCUGGCCAAGAAGAUUACAGAACUUGGCUAUUCGUGUUUCUAUAUUCACGCAAAAAUGCUGCAAGAUCACCGUAACAGAGUGUUCCAUGACUUCCGCAAUGGUGCAUGCAGGAAUCUUGUUUGCACUGAUUUAUUUACCAGAGGUAUAGAUAUUCAGGCAGUGAACGUUGUUAUUAACUUUGAUUUCCCCAAGAACGCGGAAACAUAUCUACACAGGGUUGGUCGAUCUGGGAGGUUUGGACACCUCGGUUUGGCUGUGAAUUUGAUCACCUAUGAGGACCGUUUCAAUUUGUAUAGGAUUGAGCAAGAACUUGGCACUGAAAUAAAGCAGAUUCCCCCACAUAUUGAUCAGGCAAUCUAUUGCCGGUAGCAUGUGUUAGAUGUUAUUCCCUGUAGUCAACGAUCGUGGGCAGCAACAGGACGGGCAAUGGAUUGAAGCUGGGACAUUUGAAUUCUGAAAAGAUGGAAGAAUUGGUGGUAGAAGGCAUUUGAAUUCCAUGUGGGCGUUGUUUGUCUUAACCUGGCAUUGCUUGCUAUUGAGAGUUUUUCCAAGUACUUGAUGCCCUGAACGGGUAAACAGGAUGGUAGUAGGUCCAGGAGUUUAGUGGUUUCUCUCUGAGAGCCGAACUUAGAUAAUGAUGAUGCAUGGAUGGUCUAGUGAGUCCAUGUUCUAUGUGUGCGUUUUGUUAUUUGACCUCUUCCUUUUCCUCCGAGUCUGGUUUGGUACAGUAUUUGCUGCUUCUUGUGGUGAACUCUUGGCUUUGGUAGUAGGCCAAGACAAAAGAAGACGAUCGCUUCGUUUCCUCGUUUCAACUAUCCUCUGGUUUCAGUGCCAGUAAUAAAGUGUUCUCUGGACUUUGAAGU